AUGAGCGGCUGGGAUCCAUACUUUGCGCGUCAGCAGAGUGGCUUCAACCUCGCUGGGCUCCGCAACCAACUGGACGAUCUAGCAGUGACGGCGUUUGCCACCAAAGACUCGGAGACGCUGUUUGAUGUACUGGAUAUUGACGACAACAACGACACCGCCAGACUAUUCGAUAGGUACAAAGUGCGCGCUGAGUUCCUACGAGUGCUCCUGUCAUUCGGCGACGAGCCUCACCAGUCCGAGGCCGGCAGCGCCAAUAGCACCUUUGUGCCUCAGGGCGACGACGCAUACACGCUGCUCUACAAGCUCAAUUUCGUGGAGCGGAACGAUCGGUCCGGCCCCGACGCGUGGUCCUUCCGGCACGUCGGUGUCUACCACCAACACACGCCCGGCUUCGACCUCUUCAUACUGCUACACUGUCAGCCCGCGAGCGAGCUAGCAGAGACACUUCAGGAUCUUAUUGAAGAGGAUGGAGAAGAGGAGACAUUCCCAGAGGAGCUCGACGACGACAAGAGCGCCUCGACGCUAAAUACAGCCAUGGUACCCCAUGCCAAGAUGAACCACAACGUCUGGGUAACCUUCAAGAGUGUGCGCGAGCUGAGAAAUACCAACGAUCUCGCCCUCUUCGCCAGCGCCUGCUGCCAGAGCAAUCUCGAGGUUACGGCCUGCAUCCUCUCUACCGGGAAGUUCCCCGCCGCCGAAAUACGAUCCAUGGAGACCAUGCUCCGUGGAUACAUCGACAGUUCCGCCGUGCUUCGCCAGAGAGUAGACAACACGGUCGAGCUGGCAUCGUAUACACUCUCGCUGCAUAAUCAGCAGGAGCUGCAGCUCCUUACCCACGAGAUGAAGACUCAGAUCAAGAACACGGGCGACGUGACGCUCAAGCUAAAAGACCUGACCGAGAACACGGUGGACGACAGUGCCAUCGUACGCAUCGUCACCAUCAUUUCUGCCAUCUAUCUUCCAGGCAGUUUCGUCGGCUCAUUAUUCGGAAGCAACUACUUUUCCUUCAACGAGAAGACCCACAAGAUUGCCAUCGCGAGAGACUUUUGGGUCUUCGUCCUCGUCUGGCUCAUCCUCACGGUCUUUACGGUAGCGGCUUACUUCUACACAUACAUACGGAAGAAAAAGAACAAGGCGACGAGGGCCCUGAAAGAUCCCGGAGAUGACGUCGAUGAAGACCGCAAUGACUAUAACAAACCUUCUCCUCUUUCUCCUCCUUCCGCAAGGUAG